GGGUCAAGAUGAAGAAUGUGUUUCACAGUUUAUCUACCACAAGUUGAUGGGCCACGAUAUUGAUGAUAUUAUUUUUAAAGUAUCAUUGCCAAAAAGAUUUAGUGUACCGGGUUUACCGGAGUUGAAUCACAGUCAAGUGCAUGCAGUUAAAACUGUUUUACAACGACCCCUAUCACUUAUUCAGGGACCACCUGGAACCGGUAAAACUGUAACUUCCGCAACCAUCGUAUAUCAUCUUGUAAAACAAACUAAUGGUCAAGUACUUGUAUGUGCGCCAUCCAAUAUUGCAGUUGAUCAGCUAGCUGAGAAAAUACAUCGUACAGGAUUAAAGGUUGUUCGUCUAUGUGCGAAAAGCCGUGAAACGCUUGAUAGUCCUGUUGCCUUUCUCGCGUUGCAUAAUCAACUGAAAGCCUUGCAUGGUGCAGCUGAGUUGCAUAAGUUGCAGCAGUUGAAGGAGGAAAUGGGAGAAUUGGCAGAUGCUGAUGAGCGUCGCUUUCAUGCUUUGCGCAUAGCAAAAGAAUGCCAACUGCUGUCCGCUGCUGAUGUUAUCUGUUGUACUUGCGUCUCUGCUGCGGAUAAUCGUCUCUCACAUAUGAGGAUUAAAUGUGUUUUGAUUGACGAAUCGACCCAAGCCACGGAACCUGAAGUAAUGGUAGCUGUUGUUUGUGGUGUUCGGCAAUUAGUACUUGUUGGCGACCAUUGUCAGUUGGGCCCUGUUAUCAUGUGUAAGAAAGCAGCUAAAGCUGGUUUAUCACAAUCACUUUUUGAACGGCUCGUUUUACUCGGAAAUCGCCCAAUUCGUCUGCAAGUGCAAUAUCGUAUGCAUCCCGUGCUUUCUUCUUUCCCGAGCAAUGUUUUCUACGAAGGAAGUUUACAAAAUGGUGUUACAGAGGGGGAGCGACAAUUGAUUGGGAUUGAUUGGCAGUGGCCAGUACCGGAUAAACCGAUGAUGUUUUGGAGUUGCUAUGGCCAAGAGGAGCUUAGCUCGUCAGGCACGUCAUUUCUAAAUAGAACUGAAGCAGCAAACGUUGAGAAACUAGCCACUCGCUUUCUGAAAGCUGGAAUAAAACCGGAACAAAUUGGUAUAAUCACUCCUUAUGAAGGACAAAGAUCGUACAUUGUGCAGUUUAUGCAAACGCAGGGUGCUUUGCAUAGUAAAUUGUAUCUCGAAAUGGAGGUUGCGAAUGUGGAUGCUUUUCAGGGUCGCGAAAAAGAUAUCAUAAUAGUGACUUGUGUUCGAUCUAAUGAUCAUCAAGGCAUUGGUUUCUUGAAUGAUUCCAGACGUUUGAAUGUUGCAUUAACUCGCGCUAAAUUUGGCCUUAUCAUAGUUGGCAACGCAAAGGUACUAUCGAGACAUCCACUUUGGAAUUAUUUACUAUCACUAUUCAAAGAAAAAGGUUGCCUUGUCGAAGGUCCGCUGAACAAUUUGAAGCCGUCGCCAAUUACACUUUCUAAACCGCGUCGUAUUCCGAACGUUAUGAAUAUGAAUCGUUUUAUUCCACGUGGAGCAGUUUUGGCGAAAGAUAUGCAGGGUAAUGCAUUUAGUACUCGCAGUCGAGAUUUUCGAUCGAUACAAGAUCCAUUCGCAGCCAUUACUCAUGGUCACUUGCGACCUCAAAAUGGAAUUAACAUCCCGGUACCAAUGCAGAUGUUUGUUCAACCACCACCGCCACCUCAUUAUUACCAACCUCCACCUCAUCCACAUCAUGGCGAUUUGAAUUCUGCUGCUGCUACUACUGCACGAAAUCGCAAACAUUUGGAAGCAAUGAAUAUGUUUAGUUCUCAACAAUCUCAAGAUCCAAUUUUUAUGCAACAGAUCGGCGAGAUGUCAGGUAUAUCGCAGGAUAUAUCGGAUUGGACACAGUCGCAAACGCAGCAUGGUACUCGUGAAGGAGGUACUUCGUAUAGCCAGGAUCAAUUAUUGGUUAGCCAAAUGGAAUCACUUUUUCUGUCGCAAGAUGCAAAUGUGGAUAAUUAUAAUUUCGGUGAUGUAAGCCAGUAUUAA